CACGACAAGUUGCUCGUAGAGAUUCACAGAGAAUUGUUGAUGGGAAUUAAGAGCUCCAUUCAGAAUUGGUGUCUGGAAUGUAGGAAUUUGACCUUAGACCUAAACAGCUUGAUGGUCUAACUGCGCCAAGGGGGUUAUGACAGAAGUAUUUCAUCGAAAGAUAAGAAAAAGGUUCUAUUUUUGAACUUCAUCCAAACAUGAACCCUGAAAGUUCACUUUGUCCCCUAGAUUUCAUUUUACGUAAGGCAUAGAGGAUGGUUCAUUGUUUCUGCACCUUUUCUCGUGGCCUACUGAACUAAACAAUGAGCGGGCCUGGAGUGAAUCCUGUCGUCACCUUCAGUUUCAGCCUUCAGGUCUGCAGUGCCAGACCAAACGCCGGACCGGGCGCAGCCGCACGCCUUCGCGCACCGACUCGUCGAGGUCCCCUUCACCGCCUCAGCCCGGGGAGCUAGCGACGCGCAGGCGCCGCCACGGCGCCCGAAUCGCCGGAGGAUGCGUGCGGCGGCGAUGCGAGGACCGUGAGAGGAACGCAAAGGGAGCCGGAGGCAGCGGCUAUACGGGAGAUAUGGGGCCUAGAGAGGGCUCCAUCGCGGCGACGCGAGCGGAGCGGGAAAUCUCCGGCGGCAGCGCCGGGCUCGUCGGCUGCUCCGGCGCCGGCGUCGAAUAUUUGCAGAACGCCCCUGGUUUGGAUCGCGAUCCGAAUCAGGGGUUCUUUCGUAAAGAUCGGAUAGUAUAUUUUUGAAACCCCCCCCAUUUUUGAUCGAUAUUAAUAAUCGCGAUCCAAUCCAGGAGUUCAUAUUUAAUAUUUUAGAUCGCGAUCAAUAGUCGCCAUAGUCCGUUUGUAAAAUCUCCGAACGUAUAUUUGCAUAAAACUCCCUGGUUCGGAAGGCUCCGGCACCGACGGCCGCCGCCGUCCGCCUCAGGUUCCGUUCCAGCCGGAAGCACAAAGUCCCAUCCUCCUCUGCAUCCGCCGCAGCAGCACGCGGACCACCGGCUCCGCGCGCUCGCCGGCCGCGCCGAGGGCUUCGGCCGCCACGCCAUCGGCGGGCCAUAUACCAUGUGACGUCCAUCCAAGUUUCCGUUCUGGACGUCGCCGGUGCAAGUAGGCGAAGAAGAAGGCACACCAUGUCGUCGUGUUGGUCCUCGGUGCUGGCCGUCCUCUGCGGCCGCGCAGGCGCAGCGGAGCCGGACGGCGUGAAGAAGGGGGAAGAGGAGAGCAAGGCGGCGAUGCUGCACCGCCGGCUGCUCGACGGCUGGGCGGCCGCGGCGGCGGUGGAGGAGGAGGUCAAGAAGCUGACGGCAGAGGUGCGGGCACUGGAGCUCGCGCUGGCGGAGGCGGGCGGCGCGCGGGAGGCGGCGGAGGCGAAGCGGCGGGAGGCGGAGGCGCGCGCCGAGGCGGCGGAGGCCGAGCUACGGGCGGCGGCGGAGCUGCACGAGGCGCAGGUAGAGAAGCUCCGGCGCGCGCUGGACGCACAGGAGGACAGGGACGCGCGCAUCAGGGAGCUCGAGGAGCGGAUACGGGAGCUCAACAACGCCCACAGCAAGUGGCGCUUCUUCUAGUCCUAUACUUCUAUAUCGUCCCCGGUUGAUUAGUCUUCUUUUGUUGUGUUGCCCUGCGCUGUGAUCUAGGAGUACUCAAGAGAAGAUUCUGUUUUUUUACUGAACAAGAAGGGAGGGAAAUAAAGAAGUUAUUACUCCGUUCUAAAUUGUAGUACUAGUUUUUGAUGCAUGACACUAGAUACUGGUGUAUGUUUAAAUGUAUAAUAAUAUUUAUGGAGCUAUAAAAACUAAA